UCGCGGACACACGUGAUUCCUUCCUCAGCUACCGCGGUACCUCGCGCUCGCUCUAUACACCAACUGCCCCGGUAAUGACAGCUAUGGUGGCGAGGGUUCGUGCGGGCCAGCAGCGGGCCGUGGUGGCGUGUGUGUUGGCGGCGAUGGCUGUCUUGUUGGUGGAGGGCGGCCAGAUGGAAUCCUUCGUCCUGGGCGAAUCGGGCACGCGAUGCCUCAACGUCAGCGCCUCCUUCCCUUGCCCUACCCUCACCUUCUGCGUCGGCGCCUGUCUGGCCAACCCGAGCUGUCUUGGUGUCAACUGGAUGGGCACCUCCUGUCAGCUGGUCUCCUCUCUCAGGCAGGUCGUGGCCGAUCCUACUUCCUCCAUCUAUGUCCCAGAUAUAGAGCGGUCUUCGGUGGUCCUGCAGUACCCCUGCUCGACGUGCUAUGGAACACAGCCUGCAGGUAUCGACCACUGGCUCCUAGAGUGCCCCAGGCCCGGGGGCGUCGUGGUGGGUGUGGCCUCUGCCUCCACCUUGACGGAGCUGGACUACCUGGUGUGUACACACCCGCCCGGCCUCACUCUGGACUACACUGUGGGGUGUGUCCAUCAGACCACCAGCUGCAACGACAAGGGCCUCAAGUGGUUCUUCUUGAUGACAGCUGUGUGGUGCGACAAUCAGAUCUUCUUUCAGCCAACUAACUACCGCUACCAGACUAUUGGGAUAGUGUCGACGCAGAAGGUGGACACGAGUAGGUGCUUGAUCCCCGGAGAGACGAGUGGCUGGGUGCCCGGCGUGACAACUGGCGUACUUACCCGCCUGCAGUGUCCGCCACACAUGAUGGCCAUCUCUCUGGAGUGGCUCGACUAUACCUUGCCUCCUGCCCUCAAGUGCUGCCUCUACUACGACUGAAGAUCUAAGCCUCAUGGGGGCCCCUCUACUGACGACCUACACCUCCUGAAGCCUCUAU